AUGUCUCGAGCAGUUGAAAAAGAAGUUGCCGCUUCCCUGAAAAAUGGAGAUCAGACCCAUGUCUUCAGGGAGAUUUCCCAGGUACUCACGCAGCACGAAGGGCCGGAGCUCUUGGAGAUAGAGAUACUCGGCCGCAGCCACCCGGUCCCCGCCGAGCAAGUCCUCCUUCGAGACCAAAACGCCGUCGGUGUACCCAAGUUACGCCUUAUCCAAGCCUUUGUAGUUGCGCGCCAGAUCCUCAAGAGACACGCUGGCCGCGGACUUUCCACUCCAGAAGCCGCCGAAGGGGUUAACCUAGCUACGGCCGUCCUGCUUCUCAUGGACGCCGAGCACCUCACGGCCGCCAACACGAGGAAACGGGUUCUGUCGAGCCACCUCGCCGCCGCGGACGACGACGCCCAAGGACGCCUUUUCUACCUAGAGCGAGAAAAACUGCUGGUCGACAGCUUGCUGACGAGCCGUCUGCACCGGCACACCAAGUCGCCGAACCUCUGGUCUCACCGCCGCUGGCUCAUGGAGCAGUACCGCACCUCCCGACUGCCCGUCGACGUGGACGUCCUAGCCGGCAUGCAAGUCGUCACAACCUCGGGCGAGAGGCAUCCCCGCAACUACUACGCCUGGUGCCACGCGCGGUGGCUGGUCAAGACCUUCCGAAGCGACCUCGACGAGGCGGAGCGUCGACGGCUUCUCUGGGAACGCGUCGUCUCCUGGUGCUACGCGCACCACGACGACGUGUCGGGGUGGUCUUUUCUCGACCAUUUGGGGGUUCAGGGCCUCGCGGGCGAUGCCGACGCUCCGUUGGAGACGUUUUCCCGGACGUUGGACCUGGUUGCCAAGCUCGGUCGGGCUUGGGCUAACGAGUCGGUGUGGUGGUACCUGCGCACCACGGCUGCUAGGUUGCCUCUCUCACACACCGACCGCGACGCCUUCCGAUCGGUUCACCAGAGGCUUCUCGCCCUUGCCCUCGGCCAAGAUCUCUCUGCUGGACGGGAUGCGGUAGGCGUGCUGGAGACUGCUUGGAGAUGGUACGAGCAGAAUCGAGUGGGUGUUGUGGGUGGCUGA